GGUGUAUGAGGUGUAUAUAUAUAUUAAGGAUGGGAGUAUCAUAAUUUAUUAGCAUUAAACAUGAUUAGUGAUAUUUCUAGGCCUCUUCCAUCUCAAUGGAAGAAUGGAGAUGAUAGAUCCGAGAUGAUGGGGAAGAAGCUCAAGUUGUUCGGGGUCGAGCUCGACUGCACGUCGGGAGGAGUCGAGAUAGCCGUUGGAUCGAAUGGCGAUCCUCAUCAUGAAGAUCAUCAUGAUAGUAGUGUGAAUAAUUCAUCACCAUCUUCUACAAUAUCAUUUGAAAGGAGAGUAACUGUGGUUAAACCAUCCUUAGAAAACAAGAAAUUUGAAUGCCAAUAUUGUUGUAAAGAGUUUGGAAAUUCCCAAGCCUUGGGAGGACAUCAAAAUGCCCACAAGAAGGAGAGGAUGAGGAAGAAGAGGCUCAAAUACUAUCUCCCACCAUCAAAAUAUUGCAACAUCGGUCCCUAUAGUUAUGAUAUCAUCAACUAUGACCCCCAAACAUCUUCACCUUCAUGUGUUCUUGAUCCUUCUAGCUCCCAAAUUAGGUAUUUGGAACCGUUUCUUAAAGAUUCAUCCGAGUUCACACUUACCAGUAAAGACAUACCUUGUAGAAGAAGGUUUGAAGAUUCAAUCAGCAAAAUCUAGAGAUAAUGGUCAUAUGAAUUCGAACAAGCCAUCUGCUAAUAUGCCUCCAAGUUUAAACAACCCUUGUAAAUCUUUAGAUCUUCAUCUGGGAUUGAGCUUGCUGGAUUCACCAUAGUUCUUCAUUUUUUUAAUGUUAUUCCAUCUAUAUAUAUAUAUAUAUAUACAACACUCUUAAUUAAGAAUAAUCUUUUCUUUUUCCUUUUAAAAUUCAUAAACUUGAAUCCUUAAUGAAACACGUAUUACACACGUUAAAAUUUGCGUGCAAAUCAUAUAAUUACCCAAACAAGAUCUAUCACUUCAUGUCUUUUGUAUUAUUGAAUAUUAUUAAAAAUAGUGUAUAUAUUUUAAGAUCUAUCCACAUAUAAGACUUAUUUUAAUAGAUUUAAUAGAAGUUAUUGAUUGAUCAGCU